UCCUGACUGAGCUGUGAGUCUGCUCGGCGUUUCGAAGAUCCCUGCGCACUGGGAGCUACUCACAACUUGCAUUGGGCUGAUUCUGCCCCUCAGCACUCCUGCUUUUUCAAGUUGCUGCCAUCCACAAUGAGAAAUGAACAAAACCUCUCCCCAAAUACUAAACACUCAGAGGCUGGUGGAGAGGCUUUGAGCAGGCUGAAGGAAAUCCAUCUUCGAUGGCCUGAAUGGCUCCAUUAGUGAGUGAGGGGGAGAGGGCUGUCUGAAUUGAGCUGAUAACAGAGACGGGGAGGGGGAGAGAUUUCAUCACCAGAGUGAACAUUUAAGAAUUGUCGAAUAGGAACCGAGGAAUUGGCUUCUGGUUUUUAGGUAAUUUAUGAUGAAGCAACAUUUUGGGUUUUGUGAACGUGUACCACCAACAACAGACACCCUGUAGCCCAGGGCUUUGGUUCAGGAACAAGCCCAGUGGUUGCUUUACAUUCACUUGCUUCCCUCUCAACUUUCCUUCAGUGGAGGGCUAUUUGACUGUGUACGGCAGCACAGUUGAGUUGCAACAGUCCCCGUUGCCUGUGCCUGGCAGGGCCGGUAGGUUCUGCGUGCACUGAACCUGGGCUGGGAGCACAGCCAGCAGAUUUGGGAGGAGCCGGAUUUCUAAUGAAGGUGAGCAGCAGGAGAGAGAGAGAGAGAGGGAAGGGUGGAGCCCGAGGUUUAAGGGGCGGGCGCCCGGGCUGAUGGUGUCGAGCUGCGCAGCGAGAUGUCUCGGACGGUGAAACUGUGUGGUCCCGGACCCUGGGGAUUCCGCAUUACCGGCGGCAGAGACUUUCACAAAACCAUCGCUGUCUCUAAGGUGACCAGUGGGAGCAAAGCAGAUUUAGUGGAUCUCCGCCUUGGAGACCAGAUCACCAGCAUCAAUGGGGCUGAAACCUGUGACAUGCUCAACAUGGAGGCUCAGAACAGGAUCCGAAUGUGUGAAGGAGACCUCAUCCUCAACGUUGAGAGGCCAGAGGCAGGUUCCCCUGGACUCUCUGAUGGAUCUCCCACUGACACCUUCCUUGCGCAGAGAUUCCAGACUGUCCUACAACCAUUCAGGGAUGAGAAUAAGAAUCUCGUCGAGAGAGGGUGGAGUGCAGGCUGUAAUCCACGAUCCCCGAACCUCUCGCCUAUGCGAUCCCUCUCCCCUGCUCCUGAUGGGAAGUCCGUCUCUCCGAACACUAACAGGAGGUCCAUGUCCUCAGUUUGGAGCUCAGAAGAGAAGGAGGCAGCAUUUCGUGGAAAUACGGUGCCAAAGGGAUUCCAGGCAGGAAUCAGGGGCCACAGAAGCCUUUCUCCCAUCUCCAGUUCCUGCUCUGUGCCUAGGGUGAGCCUGUCCACAGACUCGAGUCCCUCAGAGGUGAGGUAUCAGACUGAAGGAUCACACUCUCCCAGUUCCACUGCUCUGAGCAAAGGGGUCCUAGAUCGUCGUUCCUCAAAUCGAAUUGACAAAGACUCGGAGGUUUACAAGAUGAUCCAGGAGAAUCGAGCUGCAAAGGAACCUCCUCGACAGUCGAACCGUUUCCGUCAGCUUCAAGAGGCACUGGAUGCAGACCAGGAUGGAGCAGCAGUACAGUUCCCUGGAAGAUUCUCUCCCUUGGCCCCAGACACACCAGUGCCCAAAUAUCGUAUGUGUGAGAAAUGUGGAUCAAACAUUACGAUGGAGGCGGUGAAGAUUCGAGAUGGCUGUUACCGGCACCAGCAGUGCUAUGUCUGCACUGACUGUGGUCUCAACCUCAGUAUGAGAGGCCAUUUCUGGUUUCGUGAUCAGAUGUACUGUGAGAAACACGCUCAGAAACGGUUCCAGGAAGCAGAGGGCAGCUCUUGAGCAGAGCUCUAUAACCCACCAGACGACCACUGCAAACCCCCUUUUGUUAAAUACCCACUGAUUUGAUUUAAUAAAGGAAUGAUGGCA